AUGUCUUUCGUGCAUUUUACUUGUCUUCAGAAUUUUGAUUAUUUCAACAAGUUUAUGACUUGCUUCAUAUUAAUAUUAAUAAUUCCUCUAUUCUUAUGCGCAGAAACUCGAUCAAACCGCACAACAAACGAAAAAUUUCCACGAGGCAAAGAAAUCCCAGAUAAACUGUCCGUUCAGAGCAAAGAUGAAAAUCCAGAACAAACCGCAUCAUCAGCUGAGAGUAGCAGCAAAACUUCUGAAAGUAAAAAGAAGCUAGGCACGGAUGUGAAAUCGAAUUCAUCUGAAGAGGUUCAAUCCAGAAAUCGUUCAACGGUAACCGAUCGUGAUGUGAUUAUGAUGUUGUUUGAUCCCAGCUGCCUAUGA